CAGUGGGCCGCCGCCUGGGUUACGCAGCCGCCGCCACCAGCGCUGACAGAGCCGGGCAGGAGGGGUUUGCCCGAGCAUCUCCAGAGGCGAGGCGGCAGCCCGGGACCGAGGAGCAGAGGAGGAGCAGGAGGCGGGCAGCGGAAAGAAUACCUGGAAUAAGGCGGACAGUAAUAAUAAAAGGUGGCAGGAGAAGGAGGGCGCGGGAACAGCGGGGGGACGAAGACAGCCGGUCCGGCCCGGCCGCGGGACAGCAUCGGCUCCCGUCGGGGCAUGGCCUGAAACGCCCCCGCUCCCCGUACCAUGGCAGCCGACGGCGGCCUCGACGUGGCAGCGGUGGAAAGUUUCCUGGACAGGCACCCCGAACUGGUGGAGAGGUGGCUGAAAAGGAGAAACUCGCUUCCCAAGGCGCCCGCCGGCGGAGCGUCGGAGGAGCGGCGGGUCGGCGGCGGCUGGGGCUGCUCGGGCGGGCCCGGAGCCGGGGGGCUGCAGCGGCGGGCUUCCCAGAAAGAGCUGCGGAAGAGCUUCGCCCGCUCCAAGGCCAUCCACGUCAACCUCACCUACGACGAGCACGUGCACGCCCGGGCGCAGGAGCCGCUGAGCAGCGUGCGGCGCCGGGCACUGCUGCGGAAAGCCAGCUCCUUGCCCCCCACCACCGCGCACAUCCUCAGCGCCCUGCUGGAGUCCCGCGUCAGCCUGCCCCAAUACCCGCCCCCGGCCCUGGACUACAAGCGCUACCUCAAGGAGCAUAACGAACGGCAGUUCUUCCUGGAGCUGGUCAAGGACAUCUCCAACGACCUGGACCUCACCAGCCUCAGCUACAAGAUCCUCAUCUUCGUCUGCCUCAUGGUGGACGCCGACCGGGGCUCGCUCUUCCUGGUGGAGGGGGCGGCCGCCGGCAAGAAGAGUCUGGUCUCCAAGUUCUUCGACGUACAUGCCGGCACCCCGUUGCUGCCCUGCGGCUCCACCGAGAAUAGCAGCGAGGUGCAGGUGCCCUGGGGCAAGGGCAUCAUCGGCUACGUGGCGGAGCACGGAGAGACGGUCAACAUCCCCGACGCCUACCAGGAUCGUCGCUUUAAUGAUGAGAUUGACAAACUGACUGGAUACAAGACAAAGUCACUUCUGUGCAUGCCCAUAAGAAACAGUGAUGGAGAGGUUAUUGGUGUGGCACAAGCAAUAAAUAAGACUCCUGGAGGUGCCCCGUUUUCUGAUGACGAUGAAAAAGUGAUGCAGAUGUACCUCCCAUUCUGUGGGAUUGCCAUAUCCAAUGCCCAGCUAUUUGCAGCCUCAAGGAAGGAAUAUGACAGAAGCAGGGCUUUACUGGAAGUAGUGAACGACCUCUUUGAAGAACAGACUGACUUAGAGAAGAUUGUCAAGAAAAUAAUGCAUCGGGCCCAGACUCUACUCAAGUGUGAACGGUGUUCAGUAUUACUUCUGGAAGAUAUUGAAUCCCCUGUAGUGAAAUUUACAAAAUCCUUUGAGCUGCUAUCUCCAAAAUGCAGUGCUGAUACUGAAAACAGUUUCAAAGAAGGUGUGGAGAAAUCACCAUCUUACUCUGACUGGCUAAUAAAUAACAGCAUUGCUGAACUUGUAGCUUCCACGGGUCUCCCGGUGAAUAUCAGUGAUGCCUAUCAGGAUCCUCGCUUUGAUGCUGAAGCUGACCAGAUUUCUGGCUUUCACAUAAGGUCUGUUCUCUGUGUUCCUAUAUGGAAUAGCAACCACCAAAUAAUUGGGGUAGCUCAAGUGUUGAACAGACUCGAUGGGAAGCCCUUUGAUGAUGCUGACCAGCGACUGUUUGAGGCCUUUGUUAUUUUCUGUGGUCUGGGCAUCAACAACACGAUUAUGUAUGACCAAGUGAAGAAAUCCUGGGCAAAACAGUCUGUGGCUCUUGAUGUUUUAUCUUAUCAUGCAACAUGUUCAAAGGCAGAAGUUGAUAAAUUUAAGACUGCAAACAUCCCUCUGGUGUCAGAGCUUGGCAUUGAUGACAUCCAUUUUGAUGACUUCUCACUCGAUGUGGAUGCCAUGAUUACUGCAGCCCUGCGGAUGUUCAUGGAACUUGGAAUGGUUCAGAAAUUUAAAAUUGACUACGAGACGCUGUGUAGGUGGCUUUUGACAGUUAGGAAGAAUUAUCGAAUGGUUUUGUAUCACAACUGGAGACAUGCUUUCAAUGUGUGCCAACUAAUGUUUGCCAUGUUAACUACAGCAGGAUUUCAAGAGAUUCUGACUGAAAUUGAAAUUUUAGCUUUGAUUGUGGGAUGCUUGUGUCACGACCUUGACCACAGGGGAACCAACAAUGCCUUCCAAGCCAAGAGCGGAUCAGCCUUAGCUCAGCUCUACGGCACCUCUGCUACCUUGGAGCACCACCAUUUCAAUCAUGCUGUCAUGAUUCUCCAAAGUGCGGGUCACAACAUCUUUGCUAACUUGUCCUCUAAGGACUACAGUGACCUUAUGCAGCUUCUAAAGCAAUCGAUAUUGGCAACAGACCUCACUCUGUAUUUUGAGAGAAGGACGGAAUUCUUUGAACUUGUCAGUAAAGGUGGUUAUGAUUGGAAUGCUAAAAACCAUCGAGAAAUAUUUCGAUCAAUGCUAAUGACAGCCUGUGACCUUGGAGCUGUGACCAAACCGUGGGAGAUUUCAAGACAGGCAGCUGAGCUGGUAACCAGUGAGUUUUUUGAACAAGGAGAUAGAGAAAGAUCUGAACUGAAACUCAUUCCUUCAGCCAUUUUUGAUCGGAACAGGAAAGAUGAACUACCCAGGUUGCAGCUCGAGUGGAUUGAUAGCAUCUGCAUGCCAUUGUAUGAGUGUCUUGUGAAGCUGAAUGUGAAACUGAAGCCUAUGCUGGACUCUGUGGCAGUAAAUAGAGGUAAAUGGGAGGAGUUGCACCAACAAAGACUUCCUUCUCAGGCAGCAUCCUCAUCCUCCUUUACCUCUACCUUUACCAUGUCUCUCAAAGACAUAAAUUAAGCCUGCAAAUGUCAGUGUCUAUUUAUGAUAAAAGCCGUCUGAAAGGAUUUCAAAAGCUUUGGCACACCAUUUUUUUAAUUUUUUUUUUAUUUUUUUAAAGAAACAUUUUCACAGAUAUGCUUAAUUGAUCGGAUGGUAUCUUGAUGGCAGCCUGGUUUGCUAUUACUUCCCUUCUGAAGGGAAGGCCUGCAGCAAGAUUACACUGGUUUCCAAAGCGACAAGAACGACUUAGCACAAGAAACAUUCAUUCAGCUCUGCUACAUUUCAGCUGCUACCAUAAAAAUCUGUAAAACUGACAACAGACUGAAAUAUAAGAACUCACAACUUAAUAAAAUUAAUAAUACAGAGCAGAACUGCAAUAUGAGGUGGUCAAUUCAUAUGCAAGAAGCUGCAGGAAAACACAAUAGUAUGUAAUUGCAUUGUUGUUUUGCAUCUCUUCAGUACAGUUAUGAAUCCAUUAUGCCUGCUUUUAUGAUGUUCCUCUCUUCCUUCCUCUUUUAUGCCUAGAUGUUCUGAGAAGCCUGCUUUGUAUUCUAAAGAAGUAUUUUUUUACAACAACGCUUCUUAGUGAUUGAUCAGGGCCUUUAGAAUUGCCUACCUUUGCUACAUUUAAAAACAAACUUUAUUAUCUUUAAAAAUACCAAUCUGUCCCUGCUUCCCUGAGAAAUUCAUACUAACAAUGCAGUAAAUUUCUCAGCAAGGGGAAGCUUGCAUUAAAACAAAACACUGCAUGCUAAUUUUAGAGGUUGUUUUUUUUUUUUUUUUUUUUUUUUUAAAUACACCUUUAGCACUUUUUUUUUUUUUUUUUUUUUUUUAAAUUUACAGUGUACCCUAAGGGAAAAAGUAAUGGGCUUCAAUGAAUAUAGAAUAAAAAGGAAAUCUGCUGCCUUAUGCUUCAGGUUUAUAUUAAAUUGAAAACUGGACCAUGGAUGAACCUCUCCAGUAUAAUUUGCAGUGGAAAUGAAUAUUUUAAAAUGGUAAAGUUAAAGAAUAUUAUCAUACUGAACUGACUACCUCUUACUUUUCUUGCAGUACUUUCAGUACACUUUAAGAUGAUGUUAUUACAGCUAGCACAGCGCUAGGCUCACACAUAAACAUCUGUGGUAGAGGGGUUCUUUAAAGUUCAAUCAAAACCAAUAGGUCACAAAACCAAAUGCGUUCAGCUCUGUGUGAUGACACUGAUACUAUGUGAAAGUUGGUCUCCUUCCAUUAGUGCACAGAUCACUAGUGCAGCAAAGCUAUGGCAUCUGAACUGAGGAUGCCUUCUCUGCUGCGUGAUGGGACCCAAGAGGAGUCAUGUUGCAGCGCUUAAGAGUUCCCAUUCAUGGGAGAAGAAAAGCCUUUGUACUCAUUGAAAAUGCCAUAGUGAAUAUAGGCUUGUCUGGCAACCAAAAUUAAAGCUGAAUUUGGAUACAUUUUACACCUGUGAUGAUGUUCGUUUGCUUCAUUGAAUAACCUUGAACUGGCACCAGCUUCACAGAAACCAGAACCUGGCUCAACCAAAUGAAUGCCAAAAAGAGCCUCCCUGCUUCCCUGUGAAAAGGAGUCCUUCUCACCUUUCAAAAGCUGACAUCUGUCUGACAGUCAAACAGAAACAACAAAUCUGCUGAGCGCUCCCUUAAGUAAAAACACAGCCCAAAACAAAACCAAAGUCCUCUGUGCUACCAAUCACGUGUACAGGGGAAUAGGUGGAAGUUUCAGUAGCCUUACAAACCAACCUGUUACCAUGCAACUGAACCAUAUCACCUUCUCUAUCCAAUGAAGCUGCGUAGGAGCAGAAAUACAGAAUGCACAGCAGUGAACGUACACAUAAAAUGGAAAUGCUUCUGCUAUUAUUUUACCAGUUUUUUUUCUUUCCUGAAUAAAGAUAGAUGCAGGAUAGUAAACAGCAAGACAUGUGUAACUUGUAAUGCAUACUUUAUGGGGGAAGCAGACACCAGGAACUGACACAGUACUGCUGGCUGGUACACAGAGCUUUCCUGAAUUUUGAUAUUGCAUAUUGCUACAUGUAACAUAAUUUACAGCACAUAUCCUGAAGCUUCCCCCAAGGUUGAGUCUCCCCUCGUUUCCUCUCCUUUUUAUUGGCUUCAGUGCACUGUUGCCCAUGGCAACUCCCACGGCAGUGAUGGGAAUUCAGCACCGCACCACCUGACAUCCAGCUGAAGCUCUAACAAUGUCAACCAUCAAUCAAGUGACUGUUUGUAAUUGCCUCCAUCUAUUUCUCCUGUCUUUGGGUAGCUCGGCUAUUGUGGGUCAAAAUCCAGAAAGUGCUGACUAAUGUUAUGGUUCUGUUCCUCCAUCACAAGGAAGAAAAUGAGAGAGCACAGUUAGAUCUUUAUCAAAUUGUUCUCAGGCAAAAUGAGGCAGCCCUGCUGAAAUCAGGGGGGUCACAGCAGCAUAUCACAGAGCAGAAUUUGGUGUCUGAAAGUUAUACAGUUCAAUAUUAUUAUUUUAUAAAAGCUUUUUUUUUAAUAUAUAUACAGCUUAGGAAUCAGCAAAAGAUCCACAUUUUUGAGAGAAAAGGAAAACUCUUCAAGGAAGCAAAAAAGAAUCAAAUUCCAAGUUUCUCGUAUUAAAAAGGAUAGAAAACAGUUAUUAAUGAGUGCUUACAAGCUUUAUAGGCAGACACUGUAUCUGCUUUUCAUUCUCUCUGACUCCAAAACAUUCUUCCAGCAAUUUGGUCAGUUUUGACACUGUCCUGAGACACACACAGCACAGAUGAGAUGACUGGGGGUUAUGAAGUCUGAAUUCUUUUUUUUUUUUUCCCCCCUCCUUUCCCUGCCCAAUGCACAAGAUCACAACGCAUGAGAUAGGCUCCAUGGUUGCAUAUAAAGCACAGGGCCAGCAGGGUGAGGACAAAGGCAAGCAGGACCGAGAUCCCACUGUUACCUAGGCCAGUGCUGGUAGAUUGCUGCUUGGCCUCCCCCUGCAGAUACCCACCACAUGCAGUGGCUCAGUGACAGAGGAGUCCUCCACUUCUCUGCCCCUGCUGUCAGUGGAAAUUUUGCCUGCAACAGGGACUCAAGAAUUUGCAACUACAGUGCUAAAAUGGAGUUAGCACAAGGUGCAUCCAUAGGAGCUGCAUUCUCCUCAAAGGUGCUCUGAUUCAGUUUAGUUCUAAUGCAAUCUUCAAAAAUAGUUCAGGCCAGGCAGCAUUUCCACUCAGGAUUCCCACUUGUGAGACUGCUUACCAAAAUGAACCCUUCCUCAACAAGGAAGAACAGAUCUAAACGCUAUAGCAUCACCUAGGACAACCAGGAAGAUACCUGGCAUUCAGAUCCUGUUUGAUUCAGAGCGAGCUUCAAACUACAGGUGCACCUUGCUCCCCAGAAGGAGGCACAAGGGCAGCCUGUUUCUGCCCUUCUGCUGAAGCCCCUUACUCAUGCUUAUCGAGGAGAUGGGACAAUCAGCUGUAUGGUUCCUGCUUCAUGCCUGGGGAGCUGCACAAGGCUAAAAAGCACUGGUAGAAGAGCUCAGGAGGGGCUCCAGUGUGCAUCCUCCUAGGUUAAAGAAGAGCCCAGCAGUACAACUCUGCGACCACACCAGGAAGCCAAGUACUGCUCAAGGCUCAGAGAACUUGAACUGGAGACUCUCCUAUGGAGCAGACAGAAGAAGGAUUUCCCACCUCCUGAGAAUGAGACAACCAAGAGGUACUAGCCAUAAAAGACAGUUUGCCCCAAAACUCUGAUCAGGCCUUUCUUCCAGCCUAGGACCCACAAGCAAAACAAAACUUCCUAACUCGAUCAAGACCUAGACAGCUGCUUCUGGCAGGACAGUUUGGUGUCACAUACAAGGUUAGGCAACAGUACCUCAUGAAAGUUUAAUCUGGAUGCCUAAUGUGGCAAUCAGACACGUAACUCCCCAUGCAGCUCUGUCUUAGCCAGCUUGCUCUCCUUUGCCAGACCAGGGAUCUUGCUGAGAAGGUCAUUAGUAUGUUUAGUACCCUGCUGAAAAUAACUAGAGCGUAGAUGAGUGUGUUUCUUUUUAGCUCAGGUAUUCAUUCAGAUGGUGUCCUUGGUAUAGCAGCUGCAUUCUUGGGACUGGUGUCCUUGCUAAUUGCUCCUCCUUAUAGUGCACUGCUAUUUCAUAAUGUGCCCGUAGUUAUCAGCAAAAGCCAAUACUAGUAUUCACAAAUUGUUUUUGAAAACUGCAACCAGCAGUGCCUAAGAUAAUUUGUAAUAUUUAGACUAAUUGAUCCUAAUAGAAAAAUGGGAGUGUUUCAGUCUACAGGCCAAAUAUUUAUUUUUCCCUUCAUACAGUUAAACAAUUGGAGUUACAGACAGUUUACGCAUUGAGUGCAAUUUUAAGACAGGUUUAUUUUAAGGCCAUGUAAAAUAUUAAUAGACACUUCCAAUGCUUAGAAAGAUCUGGGAAAGAAAAUGUAAGAGUAAGACUUAUUUUUUUCAUUGGCUUUGUCAAAGAAACUGAUUAUUUCAAUAGUAAAAUGAUGUGAAUGGUUUCUAAGAAAACGGAAUUGGAGGUAAAUAGCAGGUGAAAUGAGGGAUUUUCAUUAUCUGAAUGUGACAGUAUUGAAAUCUGUACUGUGUAUUGAUCUAUAUCUUUUCUUUCUUAGAAUAUCUCAUAUUUAAUUACCAAUUUAUAAGCGUGUUGGAAACUGCAUCUUACAGUAGAGUGGAGAGUACCACUGUGAGCUCUGAACCUUCAUGUAUGGGCAACAACAGACACAUGCACACAAACAGUGUGUGCACUUUCUAAUGAAAGCGCAUCCUACUUACUUUUGAAAAUGCACAAUAAAUAUCCUUGCCCCCUUUUUCCCUUCUGCAUUUUAAGAUCAUUUCCCUCAUUGUUUUGCUUUAGUAGAUCAAACAACGCUGAUUCAGCUUUUUAAAGCAUGUUUUUGAAAUUAACAAUCUGGUUUUAUUGCUCUCUCUAAAAAUAAAUAAAUAAAUAAAUCACUUAAUUGUUCCUGUGAUUUUGACUUUUGUUUGUUUCAUUGAAAGUGUCUCGUCAGGAUGAAUCAAAGCUGUAUAUAUUGAUUUGUGAAUCACACAAAUAGAAGAACAAUGAAAACACAUGGAACCGAACAGCUCAAAUAUAACUUUUGAAACAUGACCUUGCAGCAGUCAUUCCUGGGAAGAAACCUAACUUCACCUGCUGCACUUGGCACUAUUAGGGAACGACCAGAAACCAGAUCAGGCCAAAGACCUCAACAGAACUUUUUACUUGUAUAGAAAUUAUAUACAUUAGUACAAGUCAGUGACACCAGAUGUAGCACUACUCAAUAGAAACACCGUAUCUACUUCCCUCCAAGGAAAAAUUACUGCUGAAAUAAGCAAUUUCAGAAAAGUAAGAAAAUAUUUGAUCUACUCCUUUGAAGUAGGAGAGCUGUCAUAUUCUAUUAAGAUACAAACAUCCUUCCAUCAGCUUUCACAAAUUUGAGCUCUUAAUGUAUUGUAAAAGGGAAAUUUCAUAUUCACAGAGUACAAUGCAUCAAUAAAGUACUUCCCAUCUUGUGUCCCAAGGUAACAUGUUUAACUUAAGCCUUUCUCUUACAGUGUAACUGCUCAGAAAUACUUAAGGCUAUUACUGAAGAUUUAUAAAAAAAAAAAAAAAAAAAAAGAUUUGGAAAAAAUGUAUAUCAGUAAAUUUAUUUAAUUUUACUUUUUGUGCUUCUCAGCUUCAGGAAAUACUGAACUGAGGAAAACAUUCAGCUCUAGGUAGUAUUUUAAGGACAAGAGAUCUAUUCUAGCUGAUGUGGAUAUUAUUAUUAAACAUUUCAGUUUACUGCUUAAAAGAUAAAGCACAAGGGGGAAAACAGAAAGCAGGCAAAUAUAGAUAAUGCAAUUUCUUUAUCUGGCAUAAGGUCUCAUUUGCGUCACAGCUGCUAGAAAAACAAGGACACAGCCAUGGCAAACCCAUCUCGUUCUGGCACUGAGAACCUACUUAGCACUGCUACCAGUAAUUAGCACACAGCAGAGGCUUGAAAGCACUGUAAUAAACAAUGAGAGGAAAAGAAGAAAUGCUGGGAAGGCAGAGGGGACAUAAGAGCAUGCAGUCAUGGGCAUCCAGCACUCGUAUGCAUCUGGUGCUGCACAGAGCACAGCUGCAGCCCACAGCCCCCUCACCAGCACAGUCAAAUAGCAGCAUCCAGGCUCAGCACUCCCACAGGCAAGUCCUGAUUCACUCAGAUCCACUUCUCCCCAUCCCAUGCUGCCCGGUGUGCCUGAGGGGUGGACACAGCUGAAUUUACCAGUGCCUCCACCUUGGUGCAGCCUUGUCCUAACCCUAGCUACACAUCUCUUCCAUUCCCUGCUGCUAGAGCGCAGACGAGGCCAGUGAGGGUAGCACAUCGCUGCCCUGGUGCUUCGGCCUUUCCAGAGAGCUGAGCAGGGUGAGCAGAGGAAGCCGUUUUCCCCAGAGUGACAGAUGAUGGCGAUUCUCGGUGACUGGAGGCAGCUGCUCCAAGUCUGUGAUCAGAUCCAUGCCGCUAAAUACAGAGGCCAGAG